UCUCACUGUCCAUCACAUCCGGUAAUAUCAACCUGGAGUUCCUCAUGUAACACGUGCUUGUGUUUAUGUGUGUUCGUAAAAAGGAAAGAUGCAAGUCUCCAACACGAAUAAUAUUAAGAUCUACAAUUUAAGUGCUGGAAAAUCUCUUCCAGAAUGGUUGUCAGACAGGAAGAAAAGAAAGUUGCGGAAAAGUGAUGUUGAUAUUCAAAGGAGAAUUGAACUUAUUCAAGACUUUGAGAUGCCAGCAGUGAGUCGAUGUGUCCAGGUGUCUAGAGAUGGACAAUACAUUCUAACCACAGGUACUUACAAGCCUCGACUGCGAUGUUAUGACGUCCACCAGCUGUCCCUCAAGUUCGAACGAGGGUUGGACGCUGAAGUUCUCAAGUUUCUGGUUCUGUCGGAGGACUACACAAAGGUAUUGUUCCUAGAAGAUGAGAGAUAUGUUGAGUUCCACACACAGUUCGGUCGCCACUACAGAACCCGAAUCCCCAAGUAUGGCCGUGACCUUGCCUACCACUACCCCAGCUGUGACGUCUACUUUGUGGGAGUAAGCCCUGAAAUCUACCGACUGAACCUGGAACACGGCCGCUUCCUGUCUCCGCUCGUCACCAGUGCUACAGAAAUAAACUGCUGUGAAUUCAACCCUAUGCACCAGCUGUUUGUUUGCGGAACCAAAGAGGGCCAUGUUGAAUGCUGGGACCCAAGGUCAAGGACAAGGGCGGGCGUCCUUGACACUGCACUCAGCAGCCAUAUUGAAGACUUAGACACGAGCGUUGUACCAUCUGUGACCGCAGUGAAACACCGAGACGGUCUUAACCUGGCAGUCGGCACCAGCACCGGACAGAUCCUGAUGUAUGACAUCCGCUGGGACAAGCCGGUGUUGGUGAAGGAUCACAUGUAUGAACUCCCCAUCAAGGACAUUGAGUUCCAGCAGAGCCAGGACCUCGUCCUCACCAUGGACACCAAGAUACUCAAGCUAUGGGACCGCCAGACGGGUAAACCAUUCACGGCCAUCGAGCCCGGGACAGACCUGAAUGACUUCUGCCAGGUUCCAGAGUCAGGGCUCAUGUUCAUGGCAAACGAGGCUCCCAAACUGUACACCUAUUAUAUCCCAAGUCUGGGUACUGCCCCCCGCUGGUGUUCCUUCCUGGACAACCUCACGGAGGAGUUGGAAGAGAGCUCCACCCCGUCAGUGUAUGAUGACUACAAGUUUGUGAUGCGUGGGGAGCUGGAGGAGCUAGGCCUGGCACAUCUCGUCGGAUCCAAUCUACUGCGGGCAUACAUGCAUGGCUUCUUCAUGGACAUCAGACUGUACCACAAGGCCAAGGCGAUAGCUGACCCGUUUGCCUACCAGACCUACAGGAAAAGCAAGAUCCGAGAAAAGAUUGAUGAGGAGAGAACGAACAGGGUGAAGCUGAAGAAGCUGCCGAAGGUGAACCGUGACUUGGCCGAGAAGCUGAUGGCUGAACAGGAGGAGGCUGCACUGGACAAGAGGAAGAAGAAGAAGCAACCCACAGAGAGCCUACUGGAGGACAACCGAUUCUCUGCCAUCUUCAGCAACCCUGACUUCCACAUUGACCAGUCCAGCGAGGAGUUCCGACUUCUCAACCCUGUGCUGUCAAAACGUAAUCACAGCAAGAAAACUGAGGUCACAGAAUCCUUCACGGAGGUCAAGGAGAUGGAGGGGCGGGGCAGUGACGAGGAGAGCAGCAGCUCGGACGAUGAGCGCACAUGGACGCAGGAAGUCAAGGCGCAGCAUCGCAAGCUGCAGCGCGAGAAGCGACUACGAGAACGCCAGGAGAUGCAGGAAGCACACAUCAAACCUAAAUUCUGCGAGAUGAAAGAGGCAGAGGAAAUUAAAUCUGUCCACAAUAAGCAGAAGAGGAAAGAAAUGAAGAUGAGUCUGUCAGAACGCUUGGCCGCCGAGGACAGCAUCUCAGUAUCGGAAGGAGGCUCCAUCGGAAACAAGGAGAUGACCUUCACCUUCAAGAAGAGUGCUCACCAAAGGAAGAAGGAGACUCUCCAGCAAGAACACCAGACAGAGCGGCGCCAAAUCGGUCGCUCAGCCAAGGAAAUUUCCAAGAAGAUAAGAACAAAACCCAAAUUCUGGAUGGGGAAGCGAGUUGGCUGAUGUGACAGAGACAAUGUUGGAUGGUGGAAGCAUGUUGGCUGAUGUGAAAUGGACAAUGUUGGA